AGCAUAACCUUCAUAUACAUGGCAUUACACUAAGCAAAGGGUUCAAAAUCAAAGUCGUAACGUACAAAGGUGAUGGUUCAGUCGAGGUCCAUCCAAUCUAGCCGUUGAGCAUUUGGGUCUUCUGUACAACGGGCAUCUGUUUUGCCUCCUAUAAAGAUUCAAACUAACACCCUUCUUCCCACAUAUGACAUAACCUCAAAACAUUCUCAGACAAACAUUUUUUUUAGUUGUCCUGCUGAAGAAUUAUCAGAAAUUAUAUCUCUGUUCAAGACUAGUAGUAAUGGCUUCCUCCACCAAGCUCAGAAGAAGCUCAUGUUCCUUCCCAAUUGUUCUCGUCUCAUUCUUGAAUUUCAUUCUGUUCAUCCUCUCUUCAGCCUCUCUUGCUCCGAUAAUCCUCCUCAAAACGCCACCAACUUGCCUUGGUUGGGCAUUUCUCACGGUCUCUUGCAUCUCCCUCCUUUCCUCUUUCAUUGGCUUCUACUCUCAGCUCACCCACUUUUGCUUCAUGACCCACGUCUCCCUUCUUCUCACCUCAUUGAUCGGUCAAAUACUCGCGAUUGUAGCGCUGUUUAGGAAGGAAAAAUCGAGUCUGUCGAUGCUAAAAUCACCAAGGGAUCCAAGAGAAGCAAAACUUUUGGUGAGGAUGGAAUGUGGGGUUUUGAUGGCAAUGUUCGUGAUGCAAGUGGGAGUCUUAAUCUUAACUUGUGCUGUCCACAGCAGUUUGAUGAGAGAGUAUGAAGGUUUGGAAGCUGAUAAAGAGGCAGUGGAGAGAAAGAGGAGCAUGAGGAUUGCUAAGGUGCAGGAGGAAUCCAUGGCCAAUGCAGCAAAGUUGGGUGAGAUUAAAUCCAAAAAAUUGGAUGAGAGGGUGAAGAGCAAGUAUGGGCAGUGGGUGAAAACUGAUUUUGAAGGAUGAAAAAUUUGUAGCAUCAGCAUCUCUCUUGCUUUUGUGUGAUGGUAAUUGUAGACAGUCGCUAUGGGGUGGCUUAGCUAUAGCCGCCUGCCUAUACAAACAAGGGUUGCGAUAUAUAUGGAGUUUGCCAGUUGAGAAAAGAGAAAUGCAUAAAAUAUUUUUCUUGAA